AUGGCGGAUUUUGAUCUUGCUGCCACUUUCAUUCCUUCAUUGCACAAGCCAGCUUCUCUACUACCUAUCGCUCGUCACAAAAAAAGCCUCCUGUACACCAUCGAGACUUACCCAGUGACUAUUGUCGUCGGACAAACAGGUUCGGGAAAGACAACUCAGAUACCCCAAUACCUCGAGCAGGCAGGAUGGUGUGCAGACGGCAAGAUCAUUGCUGUUACUCAGCCACGUCGAGUUGCCGCAACAACGGUCGCCAUCAGGGUAGCUGAAGAGAUGGGAUGUAAGAUCGGUGCCGAGGUGGGCUAUUCGAUUAGGUUUGAGGAUGUGACUUCUUCUUCGACUCGUAUUAAAUUCUUGACCGAUGGCUUGUUACUUCGUGAAGCAUUGGUAGACCCACUACUCUCACGUUACUCGGUCAUCAUGGUCGACGAAGCACAUGAGCGAUCUCUUAGCACAGAUGUACUUCUUGGAGUCUUGAAGAAAAUCCUAAAAAGACGGUCAAAUGACCUUCGUAUCAUCAUCAGUAGUGCCACUCUGCAGGCUGAAGAGUUCCUGAAAUUCUUCGCUGGUGAUGAGGAUACCCAGCCUCGACAGGAAAGUGCCGUUACUCUAGAUGAUCUGAUCUCCCAAGGGGCAAAUAAAUCUACGAGCACUGGCCAUUCCACUGGCCAGAUUGUCAACUUAGAAGGGAGAACAUACCCAGUCGACAUCCUCUAUCUAGAGGCGCCCUCAGAGGAUUAUGUUGAGAAAGCUGUCCAAACCGUGUUUGAAAUCCAUACAAAAGAGUCAGAUGGUGAUAUUCUGGUAUUUUUGACUGGUCGAGAAGAGAUUGAUAACGCGGUACAAGGAAUCUCCGAACGAGCUGCAAGUUUGCAUCCUCGAGCACAAGCAUUAAUGCCUUUACCAUUAUAUGCUGGGCUGUCCACGGAGCAACAAAUGUAUGUCUUUGAAGAAGCGCCUGAGAAUACAAGAAAGGUCAUAUUCUCGACGAAUAUCGCCGAAGCAUCAAUAACUAUCGAUGGAAUCGUCUAUGUUGUUGACACCGGUUUCGUCAAAUUGAGAGCCUUCAAUCCUUUGACCGGUAUUGAGACAUUGACUGCAACCCCAGUCUCAAAAGCUUCCGCAACCCAGAGAGCAGGCCGCGCAGGGCGAACGAGGCCAGGGAAAUGCUUCAGACUAUAUACAGAGUCAAACUUUGAACGACUUUUAGAAUCAACUGUCCCCGAGAUUCAGCGCUCUAAUCUCGCGCCAGUGAUCCUCCAGCUCAAAGCUCUUGGUAUAGAUAAUAUUGUCCGCUUUCCGUUUCUCACCUCUCCACCUUCAGAGCUAGUCAUUCGUGCACUGGAACUUCUUUAUUCCCUUGGCGCACUGGACACCUAUGCUAAACUCACCAGACCGUUGGGGACACGUAUGGCAGAAUUGGCUGUCGAGCCAAUGAUGGCAAAAACACUCCUGUCGGCUGCAACCUUUGGUUGUCUUUCUGAGAUCCUCACUAUAGCAGCAAUGACAUCUCUCGGUGGUAGUGUCUGGGUUCCUCAUGACGGCGAGAAAAAGAAGAUGGAAUCCGCACGACGCAAAUUCGCCGUUGAAGAGGGUGACCAUAUUACUCUUUUAAAUGUCUAUCAAGCUUUCAUAACAAAAGGGAAGAAGGAAGCUCGUUUCUGUCAUGACAAUUAUCUAAACUUCAAAUCUCUCACCCGCGCUGUAUCAAUUCGUGGUCAGUUAAAACGCUACCUCGAACGCUUCGGUAUAACGGUUCCAGAAACACUCUCAUCGAACCCAAAUCUCCAGCCGCUUUCGGUUGGGGGUCCUGACAAAGGCGAACAAAUCCGGCGAUGUCUCACCACAGGUUAUUUCGCACACGCGGCCAAGAUGCAACCAGAUGGCACUUUCAGAAACGUAGCCGGAGGAACAGUAUUGCAUGCCCACCCCACAUCUCUGAUGUUUAAUCGAAAGGCUGAGUGGGUGAUCUUCCACGAGGUUAUGGAGACGGGCAGUAAGACUUUCAUUAGAGAUGUCAGUAAGAUUGAAAAAGGCUGGCUGGUUGAGUAUGCUCCUGAAUUUUACAAAAUUCAGUGA